CCGCUGGUCUCGAGACACUUCUGAGCAGGAGGUCACGCUCUUUUCUCUCUGAGAACGCAAGUGCCAUUUUAAAGCUUAUUGGAUGAAAGUCUCAUUUACCCCUGGCUGCCAAAGAUGACGCUGCCAUGGAAACUGCUUCUAUUGCUAUCAAUCAUCAACCGUCUGACAGAUUGUCUGGACAGCGCGUCAUACCACGGUCCGCGGUGGAGGAUGGAACCAGCCGACCUGUUCAUCCCCGUCGACUCCAUAGAAGAAGAAGCCACCCUGACUUGUGAUGCUAAGGGCACGCCUUUUCCUCAGUACAGAUGGUCACUGAACGGGACUCUCAUAAAUCUGGGCCUGGAUCAUCGGCGGCGUCUGUCUGGGGGCAACCUCAUUAUAGGCAAUCUGGACCGCUACCAGGAUGUAGGGAUGUAUCAGUGUAUGGCCUACAACACUGUAGGAGCUAUACUGAGCAGGAGAGCAAGUCUACAGUUUGCCUAUUUAGAUCAUUUCAAAGUUCACACCAGAAGCGCUGUGUCAGUCCGAGAGGGACAAGGAGUGGUGUUACUGUGUGGGACACCCACUUCAUCAGGAGACCUUACAUAUGCAUGGGUCUUCAAUGAGUAUCCAUACUUUGUUCAGCAAGACAAUCGGCGAUUUGUCUCCCAGCAGACGGGAAACCUUUACAUAGCUAAGGUAGAGCCCUCUGAUGUGGGGAACUACACAUGCGUGGUGAUGAACAGCAUCACAAAAGGCAAGGUUCAGAGCUCGCCCACUUCUCUGAUCCUCAGGACAGACGGAGUGAUGGGCGAAUACGAGCCAAAAAUAGAAGUUAAUUUUCCAGAUAAUGUACCUUCUUCGAAAGGAUCAACAGUUACUCUGGAGUGCUUCGCCCUUGGGAACCCCGUUCCAGAAAUCACCUGGAGGAGGGCUAACGGAGUCCCAUUUCCCAGCAAAGUCAAAAUGAAGUAUUCAAAUGCAGUGCUGGAGAUUCCGAGCUUCCAGCAGGACGAUACAGGAGGGAAUAGUGUGGCGGAGAACAAAAUGGGAAGAAACACAGCUACUGGUCGGCUGGCUUUUUACGCCAAGCCUCAGUGGAUCCAGACCAUGAAGGACACGGGAAUGGCCAUAGAGGAGAGACUGCACUGGGAGUGCCGGGCCAACGGAAAGCCCAAACCCUCCUACGCUUGGCUGAAGAAUGGCCAGCAGCUCCUCUCAGAGGACAGGAUCCACGUGGAGGAUGGGGUCCUUACGGUGUCGCCGCUCACGCUAUCUGAUGCUGGCAUGUACCAGUGUGUGGCUGAGAACAAACACGGCGUCAUAUAUUUUGCGGCCGAACUAAUGGUUUUAGCUUCUGCUCCGGACUUCACGGGGAAUGUCCUCAGAGCUUUGCUCAAAGCCAAAGCUGGAACAACGGUGACGUUGGACUGCAAGCCCCAGGCCUACCCGACAGCAAGCAUUUUAUGGAAGAAGGGGAACCUUCCUAUCCACACCAACGACAGGAUCACACUUUCUCCAGACGGAACUCUGAGGCUGGCCAAUGUGAGCAAGUCGGACGCAGGCAGCUACACGUGCUUCGCCAGGAACAGAUUUGGGAUGUCGAGCACAACUGGAAGGCUCCUGGUUACAGAUCCAACCAGAAUCAUUCAGGGACCAGUGGACAUGGAGAUUAUUGUAGGGGAGAGCAUCGUGUUGCCCUGCCAGGUGGCCAGUGAUCCUGUCCUGGAUGUGUCCUUCUCCUGGGCAUUUAAUGGACAGCUCAUCACCAAGGGAGACGGCCACUUCGAGCUUGUAGGCGGCCAGAGAACAGCCGGAGAUCUGAUGAUCAGAAACAUUCAGCUUUACCACGCCGGCAAAUAUAUCUGCGUUGUGGACACAGACGUGGAGAGCCUGUCAGCCGUAGCUGUAUUGAUUGUAAAAGGCCCUCCCAGCCCCCCGGAAUCAGUGACGGUGGAGGAGGUGACAGACAGCACGGCCCAGCUGGCGUGGAGCCCCGGCAGAGACAACGGCAGCCCCAUCACCAGCUACAUCAUCCAGACAAAAACUCCAUUUACUGUGGGCUGGCAGCGGGUCAAUACAGUUCCAGAGGUAAUUGAUGGCAACAUCCACACAGCUACCGUAGUUGAUCUGAACGCCUGGGUCGAAUACGAGUUCCGGGUAUUGGCCAGAAACGGCGUCGGAGUCGGGGAACCCAGUCCCGUGUCGGUGAAGACGAGAACAGAGGAUGCAGUUCCAGAUGCAGCCCCAGGUGAUGUGGGUGGAGGGGGAGGAAGCAGAUAUGAACUGGUCAUCACAUGGGAGCCCGUCCCUGAAGAACUGCAGAAUGGCGAGAGCUUCGGCUACAUCAUUGCCUUCCGCGCCUUUGGAGAAGUCAGCUGGACUCAUGUGGCCACCUCGGCCCCCGGCGCAUCCCGCUAUGUGUACCGUAAUGACAGCCUCGCGCCCUUCUCUCCAUUUCACGUGAAGGUGGGCACUUACAACAGCAAAGGGCAGGGCCCCUUCAGCCCCGUGGUCACCAUCUACUCUGCAGAGACAGAGCCAAGCGGCAUGCCAGCAGGGGUGUGGGCCCGAAGUGUCGCAGCCUCUGAGAUUGAGGUGAAUUGGCAAGCCCUCACUGUCACCCCUGAAAGGGUUCUGGGCUAUGAGGUGGUUUACUGGGAGGAUGACACCAAACCGGAAACGAUGGGGAAGGUUAGAGUGCCUUGGAACCAAACCUCAGUCACAGUAAACAACUUGGCAGGAAACACGCAGUAUUUUUUAACAGUUAGCGCCUUCAACACAGCGGGCACCGGCCCUUUCCUCCCUGCAAUCAAUGUCACCACAAAAAAGCCACCGCCUGCCCAGCCACCGCUGAAUGUAGAAUGGACCCUAAUUGGCUCUCAGCUGUCUCUUUACUGGGAGCCUGUGGUGGCAAUGGAAUCAGAGUCAGAAGUUACAGGAUAUCAACUUUCGUUCUGGAGACAGAGACACAAAGAGGUAAACACAUUCACAACGGUCAAUUCGACAGCAGACUUGACCCUCCCUGAGAAUGAAGACGACUACAUCAUUCGCAUUCAGACGCUGAGUGAGGGAGGACUGGGUCCAGCCUCAGAUCCCAUACGGAUCCAUAGACUGAGUAUGAGCGCCCGUGGCUCCAACGCCCUGAGUGUGGACACAUCCCCGCUCUCCUUGUUCUUCACCAUUGCAAUAUCUACGUACAGGUCAAUAUUGUGACAAGACCUCUCUGCUUUGUUUUCCAACAUUUUUCUAUUGUUUCUAAAAGUAACCAUGCUUUUUGUUCUCUUGACUCUCGUUUGGAGAUGACAGUUUUAUUGUGUUCUGUAGAAAAUAUGAGGCAGUGCAAUAUUGGAGUGUGCUAUCAGACAGAAUUAAUUAACAUUAUUUGCUUGCCUUUAUUAUUAUUAUUUUUUUUUAUGUGGGUCUGACAUUUUGCCAGUCAGGAACAAUACUCCAAUUCAGCUCUUUACUUUGACUCUGAAAUAACACAGAUGCCUUACUUCCAUUCAUGUGCCAAAGUAAUUUCAGCCUUCUUCUUGUUAUUAAAAAGACAGCUCCAUGCUUUUCUUAGCAUUCAGUUUCAUGCAGUUUACAGUCAUUAAGCACUCAGUGCACCUUUUGAGGGCCUCUGUGUGAGAUUUUAGUUUUCAUCUCUUGAAUUUUUUGUGUUCCUCUUCAUGCCUCCAUCAGAUCAUCUGAACAUGUUCAUUCACACAUAUGCUUGUGCCUUUGAAGAUUCUCGCAAUGGCCCCAAUUACGGAUACAUCCAGCAGCCUGUUUUUAUGAGUAGAUGCUCCAUUAAAAAUGGAUUGUGUUCCAGAUUACGGUCAUAAAACACCUCAUAGUGUUAUUUACGUUAUCAUUAUCGCUUAACUUUGGAAAAUUGAAUGUUAAGGUUUUAAUGCAUGAAGAAAAAUAACUUCAAUCUGUACUUAACUUGGCAUUAAGAAACAUGUUCCCGCAAACAGCAGUAGGAGUAAUGCUGCAUAGUACAAGUGCCAAUUUGUUCUUAUUUUCAAGUUAUUGGGUAACAACAACAGAAGUCAUAAAUUUUUACUUCCAAGUCGAUUCUUUGAAGUGAAAAUUUGUACAAAAGAAUUUAUUCUCUUUUACAACUAAACGCAUGACACUUUCUGUAUUCCACUUCCAUGCUAUAGGAAAGAAUGAAACAAAUGAUGUAUGAAACAGCCAUGCUUUCAGAACGCUGCUCUUCAGCUUCAGGGGAAAACCCCUGAGCCAAAACCUCAAAGAAAAUUCAGAGAAAUUGGCAUUUACUUCAAUCUAUACAGUUAAGAAGCUGAUAAGUGAAAAGGUGUUAAAAAAAAAAAGGUUAAUUGAAGAGUAAAAGCUUUUGAGAAGCCUGACUUUCAAUGUCUUUGUUUUGGCUAAAUUUUACAAGAUAUAUGGACUGUAGUCAAAAGGACACUGCUGAACUUAAACACACACAAAACACACUGUUUGUGGAUAUCCAGGGUUUGGAGCGAUAGCCAUUCUUAAUCAUAACAUAACAAGCUGUGGAGGGAUGUUGAAAUGGCAUAUAAUGCCUAAUUUCACAUUUUCUAAAUGAAGCAUUUGCCUGUCUAACUUAAAAACUAAGUAAGAUAAAGCUCUAAUGAUAACAGAUAGGGGUAGAUUGCCUUUAUUUUGCUCAGAUUUCACAAAUAUAGAUUCAAAAAUGUAUUGUGCCAACUGUAGAUCUCAGUAAUAGAAGUCAACACUGACCACUUUAUUAGGUAACCUGUUUGAGUGCUUGUUAACUCAAAACAAAUUCCACUCAUCUCAUGGUAGUAAUUCGAUAGAGACCGGUGUCUAGACAAGAUGAAGAUGACUGGCUGGUUUCAAGCCACACACAAGAAAUACAAUUUUAGUGACUUUGAGUAUAGCAUGGUUCUUGGUGUACAUAGAACUGGUCUGAGUAUUUCAUAAACUAUUAAUCUGCUGGUGUUACCACACAUCACCAUCCCUUGAGUUUACAUAGAAUGGUUUGGGGAGGGGCAGGGAGAGAGAAAUGACCAGUGAGGAGCAGCUGUAGGGAUGAAAAUGCCCUUUUGGUGUCAAGAGAGUUGGACAGAAUUUACACUCUGGCUUGAAAUAAUAGAAAGGCAACAGUGGCUCAUGUAAACUCCUUUUACAAGGCAUGCAGAAUACCGUCUCCAACACGUCAAACCUUGAAUCACAUUGCGUGACUUCAGCUGCAACAUUCAGAACCUGGUGUAAACAACAUGAAAGCAUGAAUCCAGACUGACUUGUAUCAAUGAUUCAGACUGCUGCUGCUGCAUGUGUUGUGAUGGUGCGGCACACUUGGACUCCCUUAUUACCAAUUGACUAACUAAGCAGUGUUGAUGACCAUAUCCAGGUGACUAAUGCAAUUCUAAGAAGGUGUACCCAAAACGUGGCCAGUUUGUCUACAAAGAAAUUGAGGAAAAAUAAGUUUGUAGUGUCAUAUUAACACUUCUAGUUAUAAAUUCUUAUCUUUAAGAAUCCAUGUACAAAAUAUAAAGUAGCAAGGGAGUGCAUUUAAACUUUUGGCACCGAUAAAGAUGGAUGUAGUCACAAGGGUUCUAAAGUCUUAAUUUUGAGUGUACAACCGGUGUAUUUCCAUGUUUUUAAUUGAUCUCAAAGAGAAAUAGGUUAGAGAGAUGUGACAGAACUGAUAAGAUGACAGAACAGCACAGUCCAAGAACAGUUAGCAUUUAUAUUAUUAGAUUUAUAGUAAUAAAAAGUACCCUUGUGGCAUAUAACUGCAUAAAAAAACAACUGCCUAAUUAACUGAUCUGAACCUUUUUAACCUGUACAUAAAGCAUACGCCUUAGCUAACUCGCUGAAAGACUGAAUUUUAAAACGCCUCAGGGCUUCGGUACUGUCUGACACCUAGGAGCAGCAGUGACAAAGAGCCCUCCUACUGUGUUUUUCUCACAUCUCCAGCAUUUGAGAAAAUAAUGGAAAUAAGUGUCACCAUGCAGAUGACCCCGAACUGUCGGCUCCAGCAGCAAAAUGACCUAACCCAUAAAUUAUUCAAUAUUGCAGCUGUUUACACGUCUGUACAAGUCAGGUCAUUAUUAGUUCAGUUUUCAAGUGGCGUUUCAUUCCUGACGCAAGAAAUUUGGCACAUGGGCGUUUGAAAAAUUUCUUGUGGUUCAUUGAUCACCACGGCCACUAUUCUAUUAUUUACUCUUUGAUUCAAAGUUGGUUUUUUGCAUCCCGAUCGUUAUCUGGGAUAUUGUGGCUGUAUUACAGAAAGAAGUCAAACAGACUGAGAAGAAGAAGAAGAAGAAGAAGAAAAAAAAAACAACUUCAGAAUUUGUGUGACUUUUCAUACCCAGUGGCUACAUCCAUCUGUUGUACCAUCUAGCAUUUUCUGUCGCCAAAACCGAUAAUCCGCCGUUCACCUCACAUCCACUUCACACCCUCUUCACACCGCCACCAGGCAAGUGGAGGUGAGAAAGGGAGAUGGCUUUCAACUUCUUUCUCACUUGUUUUGGUAACAGAUCCCUGCAUUUACAACAGAGUUAAACACUGCAAGCACCAUUUUUUAAAAAGGCUAAAUCGCUGUUGCCAUCUGUAUGUUAGCAGUUUUUUACAGUUUCCUAAUAACUGGCAGUUCAAAAUACUUGGGAAUAAAAUGCAUCAUGGCAGCCUCUUUUUAAAUGCAUACCCCUUGUCAACCAAUUUAAAACUCUUAAUAACCCAAAUCCUUCUUAAUUAAUUUGCUGUCUCACAAACUUUAUGGUUUUCCUUAUUUGAAUGUGAGGCCUGUUUUUUGCACGCUUUUGUAUUUCUUUAACAGUGGGACUCAAAGUUUUUAAAGAUUUUAAUUUUACUUGAGUUAAUUGCUAAAUUACAUUUUAAUUGAAAACUACAUAUGAAAAAAUAAGGAAGAUUUUCAAUUUAAAAAAACAGUUUUGCUGCUAAAUUAUUAAAAAAUGGAUGUGUGAAAUCAACAAUAAGAAAAUUCAUAGGAUUUUUCCUGUUUUUGCAUAGGGAGCGUAUUUUUGGCUUGAAUAGUUCGAUGACAGGCUAACUCCUUUUUGCACAACUUGCACACAACGAUAUUCUUUUCCAGCAGCCCACAAGAUCUUUUUUUAAACAAAAAUUAAAAUGCAGUGGGCCAAGAGCAGAGUUAUAUGCUCUAAAACUAAAGUUUUGUACACAAAACGUAUAACAUCUUUAACUCAUCUGCAACAACCUCUCAUGCACCACCUGUUUCUCUAAACAUAUUAUUAGUUUGGAUUUCUUACAGAACCUUGUAUAGAACCCAAAGCAUUUAAAAAAAAAAUAGAAGCCAAAUCUGUGCAGUUUCUAUCUAUAGAUUGUGAUAUGGAGUAUUCUACAUUUCUUACAAAUGAAUUGCCUGAAAUGUUUCUGCACAAUGAGGUUGUGAGCCUUUUUGAAGUUUUUUUUUUUUCUAGCUGGAAGGCUGCAGUGGGACAUAAACAUCUUACAUUUUUUUCAUUUAGUUGAAGUACAUUGGAACCUCAUUUAAGACAUUGUUACUUGACAUUAACUUGUUUAUCGUGCUGUUCAAAGCAAUUAUUUCAAUCCCAUCACCACCAAGAAAAGUUUCAAGCUCCAUUUUAUUUAUUUAUUUAUUUAUUUAUUUUUUACUUUAAGCCCUAUGAUCAGAAAACUUCUCCGUGAACGUUUCAACAUAGCAACAUGCAUGUGAGAGUACAAAUGACUAAAGGAUUUACAGGAAACCUAGCAAUUCAUUAAUUAAUAUCAAGAGAAUAUUCGAACAGAACUUUCAGUGUUUCUCUGCUGGGCACCCAGCCGAAGCCAGCCGAUAUGCAUCAUCAUCAUCAGCCAUUAAAGUUGGGACGAGACGUUCGAAAUGCUGCCAAUUGUGCCAGUCUGAAAACUGAAAUCUAGCCACCAGCUUCGACGUUAUUUGGAUAAAUCUAUGGUCAGCUGUGUUUUAAUACUUUGUGAAUCUGUCCUUUGUUGUCAGUUGUACUAUUGGCCUUUUUUUUUUUUGUGUCGUUUGUGCCGUCACUGUUUGCUUAUGUACUUCAGCGAAAAACCACAGCCACCACCACUCAGGUACCCAGACCUGCUUCACUCUAUCAUGUAAAUGCUCCAAGGUGGCAGGAGCGAAUAGAUCAGAGAGGUAUUAGCUCAGAACACAAUGGGCUAUUUAACAGUCUGACUUGAAUGGAAAGCCUGACAUGUGCCAUGAUUUAGCAGACAUUAAAACAUCUUAAUAAAUUAGAGCAGGCCUGAGGGGUUUUGUGGGGAAAGGGCAUUCGACUAAUGGCACUAAUGACACCUGCACAAGACUAAUAUAUCAGGAUUUAGGGAGGACUAAAUCAGGACGUUCUAUCAAAAUGACACCAGUAAAGGUGUGAGCAUGAGACAAAAGACAAAGUGUGUGAGCGGGAUUGUGUGUGUUAUCACCUUAGCCUAUGGAGUCAGAGACAAGUGAUUUCAAGAGGACCGUUGUGGUGUUUAAAUCUAAAUUCUUCAACCUCUAACAAUGCUUGUGGGCACAGAGUAAGUGAAGCAUCACGGACAUUCAAGUAGAAUAAUACAAGGUCAGUGUCGGGGGCGCGCAAUGGAUUUGACCCAGUCAGGAGCUGACAGGUCUGCUUUUCUAUUAAAUGAUUGUAGAUUACCAGAGCAAGGCGACUAGAGGGAAAAUCCACAGAACGUUGGGUGAAUUUUUCUGAUUAAACCUUGUUUUUGUUUCCUGCAAAUAUGUGUAAAUGACUCAAACUCCUUUGAAGUCUAAGUCUGGUUAGGUUUUUUUUUCAGUGGCUUUCUGUGUAUGUCAACCUAUGUAUGUUUUUUUUGUUUUUUUUACCACUGUGUUUUUAUGAAAUGAACAUACAUGCUUACAUGGGUAACAAAUGCUUUUGGCCAAUGUAUUGAUCAAACAAAUUGAAAAAAAGACAACCUUUAUGUCUUUGGUACAUGGAAGCUUUGCCAGCCUCUUUGUUUUGUAAUGUAUUGGUAAAGUAGACAUGAUUUGAUUUGAUUUGGAUGUUUUCUUUCUAAAUGUUUGAUAUGGUUCCUAAUUGUUCCUGUUUUCUUUUUGUUUCUUCCAAAAUCUCUGCACAAAGGCCAAGUGUUGUUCAAAGGUUAUGAUUAAGAGCUGUUGUUUUCCAAUAUGACAUCUAGUCUUUAUUAACCACGUACAACAUCCUCCACAAUUAUCAGUAGAUGGGUAGAAAAAAAAGUCCAAAAUAAGUUCAUCUUUUAUUGCACUCACAUAAUCUCAUUAAAAUUUACUUCUGUCCUCAUCCAGCCUUGUUUGUCACAGACUGAGGUGUUUAAAACUGUUUGCUUCCUGGAAGCAAAUGUGAGCCACUUGUUAUUUUCUGCUAGCAGGAAGUCAUAAAUUGCUAAUUAAAAGUUCUUAAAAGACUCUAGUCAACAUAAUAAAGAAAGUGUACAUUACAUUGUUUCUGCUGGGUUUUUAAAAAGUUAAAUUUUUAAUCAUAUGAAUAUUUUUGGCCUUAAAAUGGCUUAAAUGCAACUAAUUUGCAUUUAGUUACAUCUUAAAUUAGGAGAAAAUUUAGCUUUUUUUGUUGUCUUUUUUCUUUUGGUUUCUUUCAGUUGACUUGCCUUUUUUUUAGGUUUUGAUGCACGUACCGUUGUCGGAUUACUAUUUCUGUAUCUUGUAGUUAUAGCUAUGAAGCUAUAACUUAGCUCAAAGCUUAAUUUCUUGAUCAAAAGGAGGAAUCGAAGAAAUUAAUCACCUGACAUUCAACCAUUCUCGCAAUGCAGCAAAAUAUUUCUUAUUUAUGUUUGUUUAGAAAAUUGAAAUCAAAACCUUCUUGUCAUGUAGUGGCACCUUGUUUAAGUUAAUGUGUCUUUCAUAAUUAGAAUAAUUGUAAGUGCCAGAAAGUAGUUUUAUUUGGGAUGCAAUAAUUUUGGAAGGGACAGCAAACAAAGUUUUUACCUCCACCUACUUCUUUUCUAGUAGGAUAUUUGUUUAAUUGCUAAAACAUGUUUUCUCGUGUUGUUUAUUCUUUUAACUUAUGUUUGAAGUUCAAAGAAGUGUAAGAUAUUUUACAGUAUCUUAAACUACCUUAAGAUAUUUGUUCUAAUUCACAGAUAUCUUAAAUAAUAAAAUACCUUACAUUUAUCCCACAGAAACUUGCAGAAAGACUGCAUUAAAAAAUAUUUUGGUUACGUUUAUAUUACAGAUAUUCAUAGAGGUGCCUGUAAUAAAACAAUAGAUUUUUUUUUUUUUCUGAGAGAAAACAUACUCAGAUCAAAAGCUGAAGUCGUAAUAAACAUCUCAUCUGGAAGAAAGGAUUAAUUUAUUUAAGGCUUUUUUUUAAUGUUUUUAGGACACCACAAUGAGUUGAUUUUGGUGUCCUAUUUCAAAUUGGUUUACUCACUCGAAGCUUGAAUUUGAAAAAUACAUGACUUCCACCUUACACCAGCUGCUGUCUCUGUCCUUUGGUGCACUGUUCCAAAAUGCUGCAAGGUGGUCAAACUGAUGAAAUAGACCACAAAUAUAAAACAUUUUGUGUUUUUAUAAAGUUUUUCCUUUUCUUUUUUUUCUGUUUUUUUGGGAAUCAGUAAGCUUGAUUGUAAAACAUACAUAGUAUAGGAUACUUUAAAUUUGUAAUUUGUAAAAGUGGUGAAACUAACGACGACGAUUGGAGCUCUGGGUAACAACGCUUGGCCUUUUCUUAUUUGUGACUCCUCAGUAUUUUUAUGUCCCGGUGAUCUCUGUGAGAUCCUUUGACUUUUUCACAUUGAAAAGUGAACAGUUGAUCUUGAUAUGCGGAAGAUGUGCAUGUGUGAUAUUGUUUGGUGCAUUUGUGUUUUCUAAACGAGGGACUUAAUAAAAGCCGU